AACAAUGUAUUCUGUUGGUUAGGAAAAUAAAUAAAAAUGUUGUAUCAGCAAUGUUUAAUCCUGCUUUUCAUUGCGCAGUCCAUUAUUUAUAGCAAUGGAAGCAAUUUCUUUAAUAGAAGAUAUAGAAAAGAAGAGGUUAACUACAGACAGAUUGAAAAGAACAUUCUGGAUGAGAUUAUGGGCCCAAAAAUAUACGAUGCUAGAAUCCGACCGGCAGGGGUCAACGGAACAGAUGAAGCAACGUUUGUAUAUGUUAAUAUCUUCUUCAGAAGCUUCUCGAAGAUUGAUGAUGUAAAAAUGGAGUACAGCUUCCAAAUAACUCUUCGUCAACAGUGGAAUGAUGUGAGGCUUAAAUUUAAGGAUAAACUUCAGAAAGGACAUGAAGAUAAGAUACGGUAUCUCACAAUGACGGAUGAAGGAAAAGUUUGGAUGCCUGAUACAUUCUUCAGAAACGAGAAGAUUGGAGCAUUUCACAGUAUUCUUACUCCUAACUUGUAUAUACGAGUCUUUCCUAAUGGAGAUGUACUCUAUAGUAUCAGGAUUAUGCUCUUAAAGGGAAAGAUAAUUCAAUAUUUGGAUUCACCUAAUUAUAAAACAUCUUUUGUUCAGGUUGACCUGACGUUUGCUCGAGAGCUGUCCUUCUACAUUGUAACCAUCUACAUACCCUGCUUCAUGAUUGUCGUGGUAUCUUGGUUCUCCUUCUGGCUCGACUACAAGGCUGUACCUGCCAGGGUAGCACUUGGAGUAACAACCCUUUUGGCUAUGUCGACCACCAUGGGCAGUAUUCAACGCUCCCUUCCUCCUGUAGCCUAUACUAAGGCUAUUGAUGUUUGGACUGGUUUCUGUGUAUUCUUUGUAUUCAGUGCACUACUGGAGUACGCACUUGUUAACUAUGCGUCAAGAUCUGACGCGCAAAGGGCAGCAAAGCAGAAAGAACGAAAAGAGAAAGAACUGGAGUUUUCUGGGUUUAAUGCGGAGAGGAUCGAAGAUUCUACCAAUGCAUCAAUGGAUCCCCUGUUACGACGGAUUGAUGGAGCUCAUCUUAUUCCAGCUGGAUCAAUAUUACCAGGACGUGUCCGCAGAUCUAACAGAUUCACCGAGUGGAUGAGAAAUUUCCAAUUCCAAGCUAAGAAGAUUGAUGUUCUGUCUCGAAUUCUGUUCCCGUCAACAUUCGCCCUGUUCAACUGUCUAUAUUGGAGCUAUUAUCUUACUAGGUCUCAUGGAAAACAAUCUUAAACAAACCUAGUAGUUCAUACAACCUAGAUACUAGUUCAUACAACCUAGAUACUAGUUCAUACAGCCUAGACAAUAGUUCAUACAAAAUAGACACUAUUUCAUACAAACUAGACAAUA